CCGCGGAGCUUCCUUUUCCGGACCCCAGAGGUGGGGCCAAGCAUGAGGCUGUCCCUCGCCGCCGCUAUCUCCCACGGCCGCGUCUACCGCCGUCUGGGCCUCGGUCCCGAGUCCCGCAUCCACCUGCUGCGGAACUUGCUCACGGGCCUCGUGCGCCACGAACGCAUCGAGGCGCCAUGGGCACGCGUGGACGAGAUGAGGGGCUACGCGGAGAAGCUCAUCGACUAUGGAAAGCUGGGAGACACCAACGAACGCGCCAUGCGAAUGGCUGACUUCUGGCUCACUGAGAAGGACUUGAUCCCAAAGCUGUUCAAAGUACUAGCGCCUCGGUUCCAAGGUCAUAAUGGGAGCUACACAAGAAUGCUACAGAUCCCGAAUCGGAAGGAGCAAGAUCGGGCCAAGAUGGCAGUGAUAGAAUAUAAAGGGAACUGCCUCCCUCCCCUGCCUCUGCCUCGCAGAGAUAGCAACCUUACUCUCCUAAACCAGCUGCUACUGGGACUGCGGCAGGACCUGCACCAUGACCAGGAAGCAAGCCUCCAAAGCUCCCACACAGUUCAAACACCAAACACUUAACUGGAGCUGGGGACUGCAUGGAUGCAGUGCUGUGUUCACAGGCCUUGGAGCCCAUGUAACGUGUGAGAACCUGAAGUAGCAUAUUGUAAAGUGGACCGUCUUCAUGGGGCCCAUACCUUCCUGCUGACUCAAAUGGUCCUCUUUGCACAGUAGAUAAAAUUCUUGAUGUGACUAUAUGAAAUUGAUUUUCUUUUCUUCACCUAGGAUUUCUGGAAAGUGAGAGGCAUCCAGAAGGUGGGUCACCUAAGACAGUAAAAUUCAUAGCUUAUGUUUCUGAAUCUUAGGUCCAGCUUUGCUUUGCUUUUUGUCAGGGUAGAGGAGUCCUGGUACUGUGAUCCAGUAUGUAGCAGUCCUGUCCCUGCUUCCCAAGUGCCAUGUCUGUUUGCUUAUCUUUUUUUUUUUUCUGGAAGGAUUUCUGUGGCUGUCCUGGAACUCACUCUAUAGACCAGGUUGGCCUCGAACUCCUAGAUCUACUUGCCUCUGCCUCCCCUGUGCUGAGAUUAAAGGCUUAGGGCAUGA